AGGCUGCUGCAACUGCCAUCUUCUUUUUCUCUUGCGCUAUUGUCUUCAGUAUUCACCUUCUGCUCUGCUCAAAUUGAUCCAAUGAAGGACGGACACUUAAAGAAAAAAUUGAAAAACAUGUUAGAGUUGGAUCAAAAUAGCGAGUUUACGGUUGGAGAUGUGACUUGGCUUUGCUCCCUUUCAGAGUCCGAGAUUGAUAUGCUGAUUAGCUUGAAACUGCUGAUCAUUCAGCGUGCAAAAAUGAUAGGCUGUGAUGAACUAGCUAAUAAAUUCGACCUUAAGAUGAUUCGAGCCAUAGCACUUGUUUUGAUGGAACAUCUCAAAACUGAGUUAAAAGAUUCAUUACUUAUCUCAGAUACGGCCAAAUCUGCUGCAUUUUUAGAUGCUUGCAACUUAUUGAAAUGUAAUAAUGAGGUUGGUGCAACUAUUGAAGAGCUAAGUACAAAUGUCGGUGUUGAUAUACAAACAUUUCUACGGCCACAAACUUCCAAACGAAAGAAGCAGAAAGUUGGAAGUAGAGAAUUAAAAGAUUUAGCUGAUCUUGGAUGACUUGAAAUUUAUAGCUUAUCCUUAUUACAAGCUAUGAAGCACCGAUACUCCUUAAAAAAUUUUCAAACGUAUCAGAUAAGCAUAUCAGAAACGGAUUGUAUUGUAUCAACGUAUCGACGUCCCGUAUCGAAAAUGUAUUGAAAACAUAUCGAAAAUGCCGUGUCAGAAUGGGUGCUUCAUAGAUUACAAGGCCUCUAUUUUUGCUGCAGAAGCUCUGAUUUUGAGUGACCACCUCAUUGGCGAAUGAACAACAGUAUAUAUAUGUUGCUCAUAGUUUUUGGUUUUUGACAAUUUUAUUUUGUAGGAGGAAAUGAGAAGCGGGUGCUGAGUUUUGUAUGUGUGGAUUGAUCAUUGAACAUUCUUCCAAAGCGAUUAUUUUAGGGUAGAAUGAACUUUAACUCACUGGAAUCUUAGCCAUGCAUAAAGAUGUGUGAUAUUGAUAAAACUAUCUCAGAAAGAUCUAUUUUUCUGGAAUGGAAGA